UAUGAUCACUUGGGUCCUGUCUUCUUCUUUGUGAGACUGUCAAUCUCACACAGGAGAAUUCUAGUCGAACCAAUUCAAACUCAUUUCGAUCAAAGCUUUUGAAGUUACCUUUUCUCUGGCAUUUGACCAAGGAAACAAAAGUUCGGAAUAAUUCGAACGCCGUUUCAAAUUGUUGAGCCGCUUCAGGUUGUUAGUCCAGGAAAGAAUCAACAAAAUGGUGAAGUUUACAGUUGAGGAGCUCCGAAGGAUCAUGGAUUUGAAGCAUAACAUCCGAAACAUGUCUGUCAUUGCUCAUGUUGACCAUGGGAAAUCCACAUUGACAGAUUCUUUAGUAGCAGCAGCUGGAAUUAUAGCUCAAGAAGUUGCAGGAGAUGUUAGGAUGACUGAUACUCGUGCAGAUGAAGCUGAACGUGGCAUCACUAUCAAGUCAACUGGGAUCUCCUUAUACUAUAAGAUGACAGAGGAGUCUCUGAGCAGCUUUAAGGGAGAGAGAAUAGGUAAUGAGUAUUUAAUAAAUCUCAUUGAUUCUCCAGGUCACAUUGAGUUCUCAUCAGAAGUUACAGCAGCUCUGCGAAUCACAGAUGGUGCAUUGGUUGUGGUAGAUUGUGUUGAGGGGGUCUGUGUUCAGACUGAAACUGUUCUUCGACAAGCUCUGGCAGAAAGGAUUAAGCCCAUCCUUACUGUAAACAAGAUUGAUAGGUGCUUCCUUGAGCUUCAGGUUGAUGGAGAGGAGGCCUAUCAGACUAUAUCAAGGGUCAUUGAAAGUGCGAAUGUGAUUAUGGCUACUUAUGAGGACGCUCUUCUUGGUGAUGUUCAAGUUUAUCCAGAGAAAGGUACUGUAGCAUUCUCGGCUGGUCUGCAUGGAUGGGCUUUUACAAUGACAAAUUUUGCAAAAAUGUAUGCUAAGAAGUUUGGGGUCGAUGAACUGAAGAUGAUGGAGAGGCUGUGGGGUGAGAAUUACUUUGACACAGCCACAAGAAGAUGGACUAGCACAAAUACCGGCUCACGAACCUGCAAGAGAGGCUUUGUUCAGUUUAUAUAUGAGCCAAUAAGGCAGAUUAUCGAUGGGUGUAUGAACAAUGAGAAGGAUAAGCUAUGGCCCAUGUUGCAAAAGCUUGGGAUUGCAAUGAAGAAUGAAGAGAGGGAUUUGGUUGGGAAGGCCCUUAUGAAGCGUGUUAUGCAAAGCUGGCUGCCUGCAAGUAAUGCCCUUCUUGAAAUGAUGAUUUUCCAUUUGCCAUCCCCUUAUAUGGCCCAGAGAUACCGUGUGGGGAAUUUGUAUGAAGGACCUCUGGAUGAUGUCUAUGCCAAGGCAAUCAGGGACUGUGACCCUGCUGGACCCUUGAUGUUGUAUGUUUCCAAGAUGAUUCCAGCCUCUGACAAAGGGAGGUUCUUUGCCUUUGGCCGGGUCUUUUCAGGGACAGUAGCAAAGGGUAUGAAGGUUAGGAUCAUGGGUCCCAACUAUGUGCCUGGAGAGAAGAAGGAUCUAUAUGUAAAGAGUGUUCAAAGGACUGUCAUAUGGAUGGGAAAGAAGCAGGAGACAGUAGAUGAUGUGCCAUGUGGAAACACUGUGGCCAUGGUAGGGUUGGACCAGUGUAUAACUAAGAAUGCUACUCUGACAAAUGAGAAAGAGAUGGAUGCCCACCCAAUCAAAGCAAUGAAGUUCUCUGUUUCUCCUGUUUAUCGUGUUGCAGUGCAGUGUAAGAUACCUUCUGAUCUUCCAAAGCUUGUUGAAGGCUUGAAACGCCUGGCCAAGUCAGACCCUAUGGUUGUAUGCACCAUUGAAGAAUCAGGGGAGCACAUCAUUGCAGGGGCAGGGGAGCUCCACGUUGAGAUAUGCCUCAAGGACUUGCAAGAGGAUUUUAUGGGGGGAGCUGAAAUAGUUGUGUCUGAUCCCAUUGUUUCCUUCCGAGAAACCGUUCUAGAGAAAUCACACCAUGUUGUGAUGAGCAAGUCUCCCAAUAAGCACAACAGGCUUUACUUUGAAGCAAGGCCUAUGGAAGAAGGUCUUGCAGAGGCAAUUGAUGAGGGCCGAAUUGGUCCAAGGGAUGAUCCUAAAGUCAGGGGGAAAGUGCUCAGUGAAGAAUUUGGAUGGGAUAAGGAUCUAGCAAAGAAGAUCUGGUGCUUUGGGCCCGAGACAAUUGGACCAAACAUGGUAGUUGAUAUGUGCAAGGGAGUUCAGUACUUGAAUGAAAUCAAGGACUCUGUUGUUGCUGCGUUCCAAUGGGCAUCCAAAGAGGGGGCCCUUGCAGAGGAGAACAUGAGGGGUAUCUGCUUUGAAAUUUGUGACGUGGUUUUACAUGCUGAUGCCAUCCACAGAGGAGGUGGUCAGCUUAUCCCAACUGCAAGAAGGGUCAUGUAUGCUGCUCAGCUUACUGCUAAGCCCAGACUUCUUGAACCGGUUUACCUGGUCGAAAUUCAGGCUCCUGAGCAAGCUCUAGGCGGCAUUUAUAAUGUUUUGAACCAGAAAAGAGGCCAUGUAUUUGAGGAGCUCCAGAGACCUGGCACUCCACUAUAUAACAUUAAGGCCUAUUUGCCAGUCAUUGAAUCUUUUAAGUUUGCAGAUACCCUUAGACUUGCCACAGGUGGCCAGGCUUUUCCUCAGAGUGUAUUUCACCACUGGGAUAUGAUGAGUACUGAUCCCAUGGAUCCUUCUUCACAGGCAGGAAGACUUGUCAUUGAUAUCCGCAAGAGGAAGGGGCUCAAGGAUCAUAUCACUCCCCUCUCUGAUUAUGAGGAUAGGCUCUAAAGGUAUGUGCAAUUGACUUUCUUACAUCACCAUGCACCAUCAAACUAAUUUUCAAAUCUUAACAACCAAGAACAACAAGGUCAUAUCAUAUGGUCUUUUGCUGGAUUUGGCUCAGAGGCUUCCAGUUCUAGUGCAAUCAGAAUUUGUUAUGGUACUUUUGAUCCAUGCUUUCUAUACAAGUUCUGAUUUACCACAUUAUAGGGUGGUAACCUACUACAUUGCCUCUGGUGGCAAGGGAGGUGGCAUGGACUAAUAUUGUUCAGGGGCAGUUUAGUGAGCGUCUCCAGUGGCCAGAUUUGGAAAAUGAACUGGUAGAAGAAACAUAUGAUGUCGGUAAGAACCUAGAUUCUGAUACUGGAGACACUUGCUGAUUAUGAAUCUUGGGAAAUUUGUGGAUAGUGAUAUGCUGCUUGGAAUGAUGGAAAUUUGUGGAUAGCUACUUUGUUUAAUUAUUAUGGUAAUGGAAUAAGCAACUCAAUCACCUAAUGCCUUAGACAAGUACAACUGGUUAUGGGUUGGUGAAGCGGAGUUCAACUAAGUAUGACAACUGUUAGAGAAUGAUGAUGUAUUUUGUUGUGCAAUAAGGGCAAUUAUGGAAAUACUUAAUCCAGUGUCCAAACAGUAAUGUAAGUAUGUUGAAGGUGGAAAUCCUGGGUGAACCCAUCUUCAAAUACUAAUUUAGGUUGGUUAAUUUAUAUCACUUUGUAAUGUAUUCUUAUUCUGCAAUAGAAUAAAGAUAAAAAUAUUUGAUGUUCA